UCAAUAAAAAAAUAUUUUAUUAAUUUAAUAUAUUUAAAAAUUAAAAAUUAAUAAAUCAAAUCGAUAAAAUAUGAAACCAAAACGAAUUGAGCGAUGCACACCCUACAUACCACUAUAUAACCAAACAUCCUAAAGUUCUUCAGGACUUAUAAUUAAACCAAAGAAGAAAAAUAUUCCACGGAAUAAAAAUGGAACCUAUCAAGAAAGAGGGAAAGCAUUUUGUUUUGGUACAUGGUGCAUGUCAUGGAGGUUGGAGUUGGUUCAAAUUAAAGCCUUUGCUAGAGGCUGCUGGCCACAAGGUCACUGCCCUUGACUUAGCAGCCUCUGGCAUUGAUUCAAGAAAAAUAGAGCAACUCCACACACUUCAUGAUUACAGUUUGCCGUUGAUGGAGUUGAUGGAAUCACUUCCACAAGAGGAGAAAGUCAUACUAGUUGGGCAUAGUCUUGGUGGUAUGAAUUUGGGACUUGCUAUGGAAAAAUACCCACAAAAGAUAUAUGUUGCUGUUUUCUUGGCUGCCUUCAUGCCUUAUCCUAAUCACAUAUCCUCCUAUGUCUUGAAUCAGUACUUUGAACGGACACCGGCAGAGAAUUGGUUAGAUACCCAAUUUUUACCAUAUGGUUCCCCUGAAGAGCCCUUGACAUCUAUGUUCUUUGGUCCCGAAUUUUUCGCUCAAAAGCUUUACCAGUUAUGCUCUCCUGAGGAUCUUGCAUUAGCAUUAUCAUUGGCGAGAACAAGCUCUCUAUUUCUGGGUGAUUUGUCAAAGGCCAAGUAUUUUACAGAUGAAGGGUAUGGAUCAGUGAAGAGAGUUUAUAUUGUGUGCACAGAGGAUAAAGCCAUACCGGAAGAGUUCCAGCAAUGGCAAAUUGACAACAUUGGUGUCACAGAAGCAAGAGUGAUUAAAAGUGCUGAUCACAUGGCAAUGUUAUGUGAGCCCGAAAAACUUUGCGCCACUCUCUUGGAGAUUGCCCAUAAAUACAACUGAUUUUACAUUGUGUUUUUGUUUCAUGUCAACAUCUCAACUUAUCAUUCUAUGUUACGUGACUUAUUUAAUUUGAAUGAUUCCUAAUCCUUGAGCUGGGAAAGUAUUAAUUUCUGUUUGUGUGCUGAAAUAAUUAAUUUGUAUCAAUUACUGGAAUGACAAUUUCCUUCUACAAUUUUUAUCUCAACAAUUGUAGUAUUAUAUUUCAA